AUGUCCCGCAUCGGUUCCUCUUCCUCCAUUUCCACUGCUCCAGUCAAUACUGGAUCUUCCUUGGAUUUAGUCGCCAUCGAUAAAGAUCCUUCUCACCGUCGUUGCAGACGCCAACGCCGAUAUAAGGUUCUCGCCGUCAAUUUUGCUCCCAACCAACCUCUCCAUUACGAUCCACAAACCAGAUCAAAUUUGAGACUACACCCCUCACCAACAACAGCCAACACCGCCAACUGCUUCUCCUUCCUUCGGCGCCACCAGAAAUCACCGCCGCCAACUCCUUCCCCUUCCUUCGGCGCCGCCAGCAAACGCCUCCCCGUCGACAGCAGUGCCAUCCAUAAAUCCCAACUUCUCAUUGUUUUUGGAGAUGGAUCGAAAAGGGAAAAGAUCAAUCUCCUGUUCGAAAGAACCUCGCCCCAAACGGUUACGAACUCCUGCAGCAAUCUCUCACCAGUACGGAUGGGGAUGCUCGAUAAACUUCAAUCUGGAUUUCACUCAGGGACUGUUUGUGCCAGAAUCUCGCGUAUGUGGGAUGCAAUCAACACCAAAACAAACACCCUCAUACGAUUGGACCUUAUCUUGCUUGAUGCUAAGGGGAAUGACAUAAAUGUCCAGAUCCCAGCAGAUAACGUAGAUACAAUGAGGCCGUUACUGCAUGAACAGAGAGUCUACAAAUUCUCAAACUUCAAAGUAGAACGGAUCAAGAUGAAGGAACUCUUUCGACCAGUAAACAAUCCUCUAAAGAUUGUUUUCCAAGACAACACCCACGUGGAAGAAACUGACGAUGAUAAUUCAAUUCCACCCUAUAACUUCCGCUUCAUCAAAGCAGCUGAAAUCCCAGGCAAAGUUGGAAAACCACAACUCUUAUGCGACACCAUUGGAUACCUUUUGAAACAUUCCAAUACAUCAAAAAAGUGCAAUGGAGUAUCAAGGUCGGUUAGGAAAGAACUCCAUAUUCAACUUCCAGAGGGCAGCAAAAUUCAAGUGACCCUUUGGGGUUCAAUUAUUACUCAAUUUGAUGAGGUGUUCAAAGCUGCCACUGCCGCUGGAAAAUCGGUUAUCCUUAUCAUCACCUCAACCUAUGUUAAGAAAGAUGCUCACGGUGUCCCCUUUUUUUCUUCCUCAACAGCAACCAAGAUUUAUGGAAAUCUUGAUAUCCCAGAAGUGAAGGCAUUCCAUGUGAUUGAUGAAGAAGUACCAGAGCAACAAGUUUUAGGCAAACCACCAGUUGAAUAUGUCCUCAAAGAUGAUCCAGAACCAAAACCAGCAACUAUAGCAGAGUUAGCCGAGCUCAAGAAUGACAUUGACAAUGAGGGCAAACAUUUCUUCCUCAAAGCAAAAAUAGAAGAAGUGGAAGAUAACUGGUGCUAUUUUGGCUGCUCUAAAUGCCCUAGAAAAAUCCCGGAGGAUACUGAUGAGUUCUGGUGUAAAGUAUGCAACAUAUCAACCAUCAAAGGAGUUCCCAGGUUUCGAAUUAGCUUAUAUGUGGAAGAUGACACUGGGAAUGCGAACUUGGUGCUGCUAGAACACGAGGGAGUGAUUUUCUUGAAGACCACAGCUGAAGCCCUGCUCCAAGCAAACAAUGAGGACAUGAUAAAGCCUCCAGAGUAUUUGGAAAAUCUUAUUGGUAAAUGGCACAAAUUCAGGAUCAAACUUACUGAGUACAAUAGGGAGAAAAACUCAACCAACUACACAAUCAUACAAGUCCUGGACGAUGAUUCGGUUGCAACAAAAACACCUCAAUACAGUGACAAUCAGGAGGAAACAAGGAGUCCACUGCAAGAAACUGUUUGUUCAUCAAGCCAUUCCAUCCAAAGUGAUCUCACUUACACCCCUACAGCACUCCUCAAAUCUGUGAAGAAGGAACCAGGAGUCCACACCCCUCCAGGAGCACUCUCUGCAGCAACUAAUUCCACUCCAGAAAUUGACAGUACAGCUGCAAGCAACAAGAACAAACGCAAAUUUGAAGUAAUCUCUGAUUCAGAUUGA